AUGCCUGUCGACUACAGCAAAUGGGACGCGCUGGAGCUCAGCGACGACUCGGACGUCGAGGUGCACCCCAAUGUCGACAAGCGAUCCUUCAUCCGGGCCAAGCAGAGCCAGAUCCACCAGGAGCGGCUGCAGCGCAAGCACCACAUCGAGACGCUCAAGUACGAGCGCAUCGUCAACGAUGGCUUGUUGAAGCGCAUCUCGGCUCUACUGGCGUCGCUCAAGGCCCGUGCAUCGGAAGCGACGACGCGAAACCCGGGCGAGAUUGCCUUCAAGGCCGUCAUGGAGUCGGCCGGCGACGCCAAGGACGACCAGCCGCCGCCGCCGCCCGAGGGAGUCCACAGCGGCGAGAAGGAGCAGCCGACGUACUCCAAGAUGAUGGCUGUGCUGCUGGAUAUGGUGAACAAGGCCCUGGAUGAGAAGAAGCCCGAGGACCGGUACGUCGCUAUGAUACGCGAGAUCCAGGAACACGAGGAUAAGGUGAAGACGCUGCAGAGUGACUUGAUGAUGAAGCUCGGCGACCUGGAGAAGGAGGACAAGAAGAAGAUUACCAGCGCCGACAUCCACACGGGCUUCAACAGCUCGCACGUCAGCAAGGCGGACCCGUCGGCCGAGUCCACCAAGGUGGAACUCCUCAACCCCCAAUUCUCGACGUCGAGCGCCACGCCGGCCAAGGACGAGGGCGACGAAGUCGAGGCCUCUCCAGACGCCAAGAAGUUUGCGCAGAUCAAGGCCAACGACUUUGCAGGAUGCCUCGAUUUCCUCUCGCGGCACCCACACAUCCUGACGGAGCGUGAAACAGACGGCCUCCUCGUGCUUGCGUUUAACGCUGCCCUGGAGCGCAAGGACGAGGAGUCGCGGCAAUGCGUCCACCAGGCACUGCUCCUGCAAUACUGCCGGGGGCUGGGCAAGGACGGCGUGGGCCUCUUCUUCAAGCGUAUCACGACAAAGGGCCACCAGGCGCAAGAGUUGUUUUACAAGGACGUGCAAGAGAUGACGAUGAAGAUUCGCAACCGGUCGCGAGAGAUAUUGGCGGAGAGGGCCAAGGAAACGGAGAGCGACGGGGUGGAGCAGAUCCAGCUGCACGCCGUAGAGCCCGGAACGGUGAUCCAAAUCCAGGUGCCGCCGGCCGACAGCCAGGAUGGCGAGGUACAGAAGGCGCGGGAGGUGUAUGACGGCUUCAGUGCGGACAUGAAGCAGGCGCUGGAGUCUGGCGAGCUGGACCAGGUAAACGAGGUGCUGGGCAAGAUGAAGCUGGAGGAGGCGGAGGAGACGGUGGCGCUUUUCGGAGAGGCCAACAUUCUUAGCUUACAGGAGCACAUUAUUGAUGCGACGACGGAGGAGGGCAAGAAGCAGUUGGCGGAGAUGGAGGCGGCGGCGGCGGCUGAGGCGGCGGCUGAGGCGGAGGACAGCCACGCAGACGACCCGGAGUGA